AUGAUGCGCUCAAACAGCAUCUCUUCCGUCUCGUCCCUGUCGUCACGCUGCUCGACAGCAGACCCGGAGCCCAGCAUGCAAAUCUUCAUCAAGAACAUCGCAGGUGACACAUUUGCCCUCGAGGUACCCGAGUCAACCUCGAUAGCGACACUCUCAUCUCUUCUUGCCAUCCGUACGAAUCUUCCCGCCCAGGACAUGCGCCUCGUGUAUGCAGGCAAGCAUCUUGAUUCGUCAUCAAGCACACUAUCGGACUACAACAUCGGCCGGGAAAGCACUCUACACCUUGCGCUCCCAUUGCGGGGUGGAGCACCUAAGAAGAUUCGUUGCCAGUUCAAGGACUGCAAAGAUGCUGCUCAGCGCAUUGUCGGAGAUUGUGGCUUCUGCAAUGGCCACUUCUGCGGCAAGCAUCGUAUGCUCGAGAGCCAUGCUUGCACUGGACUCGAGACGUGCAAGGAGGAAGAGAAGCAGCGCAACCGUGAACGCUUGGAGAAGGAGAGAACCGUCGCCAUCAAGGGCAUCUAA